GGCGGCAGCUGCUGCGGGCCGGGGGCCUGGCUCAGUUGCGGCUUGCAAGCAUGAGCUCCCGGCCUUGUGGCUGGAAGCGGUAGCACCUCGUGGCACCUACAUCUGCGUCUGUCUACACAUGGUUUGGCAUCUCAGUGACCGGCACAUCCUAGGCCACCACCAUGGUGAAGCUAUUAGUAGCCAAAAUCCUUUGCAUGGUGGGCGUGUUUUUCUUCAUGCUGCUGGGCGCCCUGGUCCCCGUGAAAGUCAUCCAGAUGGACUUUGAGAAGGCCCAGCGCUCCAAAAAGGUUCUGUCCCUCUGUAACACGUUUGGCGGUGGUGUCUUCCUUGCCACGUGCUUCAACGCCCUGCUGCCCGCUGUGCGGGAAAAGCUCCGGCAGGUGCUGAGUCUGGGCCACAUCAGCACCGAUUACCCGCUGGCCGAGACGCUCAUGCUUCUGGGCUUCUUCCUGACGGUCUUCGUGGAGCAGCUGGUGCUGACCUUCCGCCGGGAGCGGCCGUCCUUCAUCGACCUGGAGACCUUCAACGCGGGCUCGGACGCGGGCAGCGACUCUGAGUACGAGGGCGCGGGCGCGGGCGCGGGCGGGCGGGCGCUCUUCGCGGAGCCGCGCGGGCACGCGCACGCGCACGCGCACGGCGGCCUGCGGCUGCAGGAGCUGGCGCGGCCCGGCCCGCUGCGGCUGCUGGGCCUGGUGUUCGCCCUGGCGGCGCACUCGGUGUUCGAGGGCCUGACGCUGGGCCUGCAGGAGGAGGGCGAGCGCGUGGUGGGCCUGUUCGUCGGCGUGGCCGUCCACGAGACGCUGGUGGCCGUGGCGCUGGGCAUCAGCAUGGCCCGCAGCGCCGUGCCCCUGCGGGACGCGGCCAAGCUGGCGGCCGCCGUGAGCGCCACCAUCCCGCUGGGCAUCGCGCUGGGCCUGGGCAUCGAGAGCGCGCGCGGCGUGCCGGGCAGCGUGGCGUCCGCGCUGCUGCAGGGCCUGGCGGGCGGCACCUUCCUCUUCGUCACCUUCCUGGAGAUCCUGGCCAAGGAGCUGGAGGACAAGAACGACCGGCUGCUCAAGGUGCUCUUCCUGGUGCUGGGCUACGCCGUGCUGGCGGGCAUGGUCUUCCUCAAGUGGUGACGGCGACGCCGCGGCGCCUGCGGCCACGG